AUGUUUAGGGCGACGUCGAAAACUGUACGGGUCAAGGGAAUAUCUCCACAUUUGAAUCGGGAAGAGUUUUUAGAGAAAGCAGAGUAUUGUUCACGCGACCUGCGCCGGCCAUGGCCCCAGUCAGUCAAUCUUGGUAAUUCUAAGAUAUCUCUUGUGAUUGAACAAGAGGAUCAAGUGGGGACAAUCACCUUGCCCUCGCUCAAGCACAAAGAGGAAGCUUUAAAGUACCACAACACAGAAUGGGAAUUUGAUGACAAUUUCAACGGCAUUACAACUCUGUAUUCAUCAGACGACCCAGAGGUAGAUGUUUGCGCUGUUCAUGGUCUGAACGGAAAUGCAUUUGAUAGUUGGGUAGCCAUCAAAAGCCAGAAGAUGUGGCUACGCGAUAUGCUGCCACUGUCAAAACCUUUUGACAAAGCUCGCAUCAUGACAUUUGGAUACAGCUCUCGUCUGCGCGAUAGAGGUAAUCUCUCUGGAAUCACUGUCUGGUCACAAGAUCUGCUUCGAAGCGUCAGCAUCCUUAGAAAAACCAAGAAAGAAAAAGAGCGCCCUAUUUUGUUUGUGUGUCAUUCGAUGGGAGGUCUUGUUGCUCGCCAGGCAAUGGUAGAGUUAGAUAAAUACGGAAGCCAACCGGAAUAUGGUGGGAUUAUUCCUGCAAAAUGUGCUCUGCUGUUCUUGAGCACCCCUCAUUCUGGCUCACUCGAAGCUGACUGGAAUGACUUCCUGACUGACAUCGCCCAACUAACUAUGGGUGUGCGAAAAGAAAUCGUGAAGACACUUGGGAGUUUUAACCCCAUGUCAACUGAGAGUCAGAGAGAAUUUAUGAACAUGAACAUCAUACCCCCAUUUGACGCGUUUUUCGAGACUCGGGUGACUUCUGUUGCCAGGAUUAUUCACCGACAGAUUGUUACACAGCAGUCUGCCAGCCUGUCAAAUUGUACAGCGAAGGGAAUGCCAGAUGUUGAUCACAACACAAUAUGCAAAUUUGAGUCAAAAUUUGGAGGGUUUGAACAAGUGAAACCAUGGGAUUCCCCACCCAUUGCAUCCAACUCAUUCCUACCCGUCGGUAAAAAGUUCUUCGAAGGCAAGGGCUUGAAGCGAAACCCAAAAACGCAAGGUCGGCAAGUAGAUAUGAAUAAUCUUGCCGAUUCUGUUGAGAAAUUAGAUAGGAAUGAUUACUCAUCUCUUGUAAUGACAGGCAUAGGGGGUAUUGGGAAGACGACGGCUGUACUAGAAAUCGCUCGUAAAAAUAAAGACCGACGUAAUAUAUUUUUCGUGCACGCCACCGAUGGAGAGUCAUUGAGAAAGGCAUAUCUUGAUCUUGCAAUGCAAAUAGGCCAUGAGUAUUUGCUUAAAGACUACCAAGGCCGAGAUCUGUAUAACAUUUGGAGGAACAACACUUCCGAUGAAAAGAUUGAAAGAUUCAAGAAAUGGUUGGGUGACGAAGAGAAUGAAAGUGCCCUGCUCAUUCUUGACGAUAUUGACGGGAUGAAAGACUUUGGUCGAAAUCCUUUCGCUGACAUCCCUGAACAAGCAAGGAACAUCUUGUUGACAACAAGGAAUCCCAAUAUCCGUCUACGAGACGACUGCAAGACUAUCAAGUUGAAUGACAUGAAGAUUGAUGAUAUUGUGACUAUCUUGAAAGAGGUCCGAUUGUUGGAAGAUGAAGACACACAAGACUUUCUCGACCUAAAUAAUUAUGAUGUCUUACUCUCUAUUGCUAAAGCAGUUCAUGCACAUCCACUUGCUGCCUGUAUAGCCAUGAAAUAUAUCAUCCAGGUUCAGUCUCUUGACGAUUACAUGUCCGCUGGCCAGGAUUUUGUUUCCAUGCUUUCUGGCCCAGACCACAAAGCACGAUUGACAUUUCUGCAAUACAAGCCACAAAUACCCUCUAUUAUGGAAACAUUUAUCGUAUCCAAGGAGCGCCUAUCUCAUCCUCAAGGUCCGGCUUGGUCAUUGAUGGAAGUGCUCAAUCUUCUUGAAACGGAUGAAUCCAUUGUUGACUUCAAGAAAUUCUUCGGAUUCUCAAACAUUGAGAAUAUAGAAGAAUUUCCAGACGUUGAUAUUCUUGGUUUGCGGAAAGAGGGCAUAAUGCCUUUAUUGCAUCAGAUUGAAGAAGUUUCUUUUAUGGAAAGAACCAGGCGUUCGAAGCCUCUUUGUAUCCAUCCUCUCUGGGCCGAAUGCACUCGCCAAUUGAUGGGAAUACACCGCAUGAUAAGUUUGAUGAGACAAGUUUUGACAAUCUUUUAUUACUCGACAACUGCGGUUUCUGGCGAUACUGACGGAGGAGAAAGUAUGAGUUGUCACUACUAUCCACACAUCAAGCAUUGUAUGAAGAUUUGCGGGAGUUUUGGCAUCAGUGUAUCGAGCUUGAAAAUGCAGAAGGAGAUUGACAUGCUAGUUCAUAGAUUGUCGACUCGACGUUGA